AUGUCGAACUAUACGCGACGGCAAGAAACAUCCUACGACGAGGCAAGUCCUCUGCUCCCAGGGCACGCAACCUCUCAAAAAGCUGGAGAAUAUAAGCACGAUGGCACAGCCUCAGCUAUGAGUGUCUUUGGCCUCGGCUUCACAAUCAUGUGGAUCCAAGCUCUCAUUCGAUGGUUUGCAUCUUCUACCGAAUUUGUGCCAGCUCCCAUCCUAGGCCCUGAUGUGAUUGAACCAUGGCGCCUCGUGUGCCUGCGCAUCUUUGAAGCCAUCAGCGUUGCAGUUCUUUUUGCUCACAUCUGGUUCUGUCUCCUCGUGCCAGCAUUCCCUUACCUCGGACACUUUCGGCCGAGCGACGAGCCCGGUCGUUUUACUCUCGACGGCCGUCACGUCGUCGGCGGUUUGAUAGCGCUCUGCGCAGAUGGCUUCCUCAACAGCCAUCAAUACAUUUUCAUGUGGAACUCGAACAGCAUCAACCGCGGAGUAUGGGCCAAAUUUCUCCCGUUCCACAACCACGAGUCGUCUAGUCGCUAUGCUGAGAGCCUCCUCUGGGGCCCGCCGAUGUAUGUGUAUUUCUGCGCAGGGUUUAGCAUCCUCGGCACCGCCAUGGCGAAGCGCAUCAGAAAGCGGCUGCCCCAGCUGACCAAUGCCGGCCUUUUCACCAUUAUGUGGGGCAUUGAGUUUAUGCUGGACUUUGUCAUUGAGAACCUGGCUAUUCGAAUCACCCACGGGUACGGGUACGCCAAAACAUAUAGGCCGCUCACUCUCUUUCCUGAAAAGGUUUACCAGUUUCCCAUCUACGAAUCCGUCUUUGUGGCCAGUCUGGGUUGCAUUUUCACUGCCAUGAGGAUGAAGGCCCUCGAGUCGGGCAGGUCUCCUGUCGAGGCGGGUUAUGAGAAUUGGCCACCACGCCUCCAGACACCUAUCAGAACUUUUGCCGUCAUCGGGUUUUGCGCAGCGUCCGUGCUGGUGCUGUACCAUCUUCCUUUGAAUUGGCUGGGUGUGAUUGGAGAUUGCCAUGCAGAUAUGCCGAGUUACAUGAGGCCGGGUCCGACGGAAUAG